AUGGACAAUAAGCUAUCUACGGGAAAUUUGCAAGACUUUGGAUUUGUGAAUGGGUUUCAAACACAUUUUGGUUAUGAUAACUUGGUAACUGUGGACCCGAUUGGUAGAAGUGGUGGCUUAGCGCUCUUUUAUAAUAAUGAGUAUCAAGUUAAGGUUCUAUAUUCUAGUAACCGGAUGAUCAAUGUGGAAGCAGUGAUAAAAGGCAAGAUAGUUUUCUUAACUUUCGUAUAUGGAGAUCCCAUACCUAAGUUACGAGAACAAGUUUGGAAACGCUUGACUAGAUACGGGUUGGCACGAAGUGACCCUUGGUUUAUUAUUGGAGAUCUGAAUGAGAUCACUGGUAAUCAUGAAAAAGAAGGAGGUUCUUUACGUAGUGCAGAUUCUUUUGUUCCGUUCAACAAUAUGAUACGGAAUUGUGGUUUAUUGGAAUUCCCUGCGAGGGGUAAUAAAAUGUCUUGGCAAGGAAGAAGAGGCAAAGGAAAAGGGGCAAUGACAAUUCGAUGUAGGUUGGAUCGGGCUUUAGCGAAUGAAGACUGGCAUACGCUCUUUCCAGUUUCUUUCACAGAAUAUUUAGGGAUGGUCGGUUCAGAUCACCGUCCAGUGGUGGCCUUUCUAGAUGACAAAAUUCAAAGAAGGAGGGGACAAUUUCGGUUUGAUAAAAGAUGGAUAGGGCAAGAUGGACUUAUGGAAUCUAUAGCCAUGGGAUGGAAGGAAGAUGAUGGAGAUGGUAGAGUGGAUAUUGUUACAAAAAUUAGUAAUUGUCGACACGAGGUGGCUAAAUGGCGGAAGAACAACCCGCCUUAUGGAAAGGAAAAGAUAGCAGAUCUUCAAAAGGCCUUGGAGAGUGUUCAAACUGAUGAUAGUAGGUCCCAAGAAGAGAUAUUGGAGGUAUCGAAAAAACUGCAGGAUGCAUACAAGGACGAGGAAGACUAUUGGCAACAGAAAAGUAGGAAUACAUGGAACACAGCCGGAGAUCGUAGUACUAAAUUCUAUCAUGCCUUAACCAAGCAACGGCGUGUCCGGAAUAGGAUUGUAGGUCUUUAUGAUGAAGGGGGCAAUUGGAUUACAGAGGAACAAGGUAUUGAAAAGGUCGCUGUAGACUAUUUUGAGGAUUUAUUCACUACUACAUCCCCAUCAGAAUUUGAAGAAUUUCUUGGGGAGAUCACGCCAAGCAUAACUCAUCAGACGAAUCAAAUGUUGAUAAAGUUGGCGACGGAGGAGGAGGUAAGACAAGCUCUGUUCAUGAUGCACCCUAAAAAGGCACCGGGUCCAGAUGGAAUGACGGCUCUAUUCUUUCAACACUCUUGGCAUAUCAUUAAGAAAGACUUGGUGGAAAUGAGGUUGAAGGUUUGUCUCCCAAAACUUAUAUCGGAGACACAGUCGGCUUUUGUGGCAGGAAGGCUAAUAUCGGAUAAUAUACUCAUCGCUCAGGAAAUGUUUCAUGGCCUGAGGACUAAUAAAGCAUGCCAAGUGCAGUAUCAGGUAUUAUUAAAUGGCCAACCUCGAGGCCUAAUUGUUCCCCACAGAGGGUUACGGCAAGGGGACCCGUUAUCGCCUUAUUUAUUCAUUAUGUGUACUGAAGCUUUGAUUGCUAAUAUAAAGAAGGCUGAGAGGGAGAAACAACUAACGGGAAUGAAGGUGGCUCGGGCAUGUCCAUCCAUUUCUCAUUUGCUUUUUGCCGAUGAUAGUCUUUUCUUCUGUAAGGCGCAAAAAGAGGAGUGUCAAACUAUUCUUAGGAUUCUAAAGGAAUACGAAGCGGUUUCAGGGCAACAAAUAAAUUUCCAAAAAUCUUCGAUCCAAUUUGGACAUAAAAUUGAGGAAGCAUGCAGACAGGAGUUACGAGAUAUUUUGGGAAUCCAGAACCUAGGAGGUAUGGGAUCUUAUUUAGGAUUACCAGAGAAUAUUGGGAGGUCUAAAGUUCAAGUCUUUGGAUUCAUUCAGGAGAGACUGAAUAGUAGAGUAAAUGGUUGGACAUUCAAGUUUUUACUAAAGGGGGAAAGGAGGUUACCAAAACAGACUGUGCAGAAACUAACAAGUGCAGUUGCGCAUUUUUGGUGGAGUCCGGGAGGAAGUACUAAAGGCAUGCAUUGGAAAUCUUGGGACAAGCUAGUAUUAAGUAAGGAGGAAGGAGGUUUGGGGUUCAAAGAUCUGACAUAUUUCAAUACUGCGAUGCUUGGUAAACAGCUUUGGCGAUUAAUAGAGAGACCUAACACUUUAUUUUCACGGGUCUUCAAAGAACGGUACUUCAGGAAUGCUUCACCCCUGGAACCGAUUCGCUCAUACUCUCCGUCGUAUGGCUGGAGGAGUAUUGUUUCAGCUAGAUCUCUGGCACUUCGGACUCUAGUGGACCCUCAGGAUGUCAAAAUUAUUGAAAGUAUACCUCUGAGUAGAAAUCAUAUGGGGGAUAGGGAUGGAUGGCAUUUUACAAAUAAUGGAAAAUACACGGUGAAAUCAGGAUAUCAAGUGGAGAGAGUUUAUCCAGAUAAGGAGAAACCAUUGACACUGUUCGGUCCUACGGUUGAUGUUCUGAAAGCAUAUUGCUGGAAGAUUGGCGGAAACAGAAUCAACUCUAUGGAUUGCAACACAGGAUACGACUACACAACGUCAAGUACAACAGACAACAGGUUGCUAGUAGUAAUACCGAAUCAAGACAUGAGAGAUGGUGUUUUACUGAUGGCUCAUGGAAAGACAAAGACAAAGCCUCAUGACAAGGUUGGUAUAGUACUUUAG